AGCACGGAUUGCAGUAUAAUUUUCGUACAUUUACAAGCAACUCGUGGGGAUAUCAAGAUGGCAUACCUCCUUCACAAUGGCCGCUUGAGUACAGAACAUGUGGGGGUCGUCGUCAAUCACCAGUCCAUAUCGAGAUGAAAGAUGUAGUCCUCAAUCAACAGCUAGGGGCGUUUGACCUGAAUGAUAUAAAUGUUAUUAACAAUAUACGGUUGACUCUGAAAAAUAAUGGACAUACAGUUGAAGUUGAUGUGGAAGGUCGAAAUAAUUUGCUAGUUAUACUGGCGGAGGUCUCCCUGGUUAUUUUAUGGUUAAACAAUUCCACUUCCAUUGGGGCUCAGCAGAUAACAGAGGAUCAGAACAUGAUAUCAGCGGGAGGUAUUUUCCCAUGGAGAUGCAUGUUGUGACCUACUCUGCACGAUUUAAAAUGUUCGAGGAAGCUAAAAAUUCAACAGAUGGCUUGGCUGUACUGGCUUUUCUUUUCGAUAUUGGCGAUCAUAAUCCUGUGUUUGAUAAAAUGAUAACCCAUAUGAACGACGUUCGCCACAGAGAUGACCACGUAGAAAUUCAUACAUUUUCGUUGAGCUCGUUGUUUCCUCGUUCUACUGAAGUGUUCUAUAGAUAUUAUGGUGGACUGACUACUCCUCCAUGCUACGAAAGCGUUGUAUGGACAAUUUUUCAAGAGCAUAUACGAAUUUCGCAGGCACAGAUAAACGAAUUUAGGCGUCUUGGUGACCGUUAUUUUCGUCGCUUCCGAACAUUGUCAGACAAUUUUAGACCAACACAGCCUAUAAGUGGACGAUACGUAUAUACCAAUCAUCCCCGGGGUCUUCAAUACCGUAGGGAAGGUUCAUUUCCAAGACAACCUCUUCCAGAAGAAUUAUCACGAAGAGUUUCAAUACAACCAAUGCAGACUAUAGCACAACGAACAUUUUUAAGACAACCGAUGCAAAAUACAAUAGGAAGGAUUGUUCCACAACAACACAUGCAGAGAAUUCAUGUUCGGAAUAUUCAAGGGCAUAACGUUCAAAGAAAUUUUACACAACAUAUGCCAAGACAAUUAGUGCAGAGACAAUUAAGUCGUAAAAUUGAAAGACAACAGAUGUGGAGGAAUUUUUCACAAGAAAUGUCACGGAAACCUUUCCAAACGAAUGUUGAAAGACAAAUUCAAAAACCAUUUGUUAGAAGUAGAUUAAGACGACGUUUUUUUUAUAGUUAAGGAACAGUUUCCUGGAAAUAGAACACGACUAUAUUUAAUUACCUCAAAUGUCCAUGGAAACCAAGGCAGACAACACAGCAAUAUACAUGGUAACAAUCGCCGUAUAUGGAACCGAGGUUGAACUUCAUUCGCUGGGAUAUAAUUUAUGCAAUGACCAGGGCAGUUGCAAUUUGAUUGAAGGAUGAACAAUAAUCAGCUACAGUGUAUGCAAGUUAUGAAUUCAAAUUCCUUAAAACAUUAGACUAUUGUUUGUGUUUACAAGAAAUAACAAAAUGUGUAGUGCUCAUGUAAUAUGAACUAGUGUGUCAGAACAAAUCCAGUUUAUAUGUAUUUAUUAAAUGCAUUGG